AUGAACGCCAGUGGAUUUCCCUCAGCUCCCUAAUAUUUUUAUUCCCCAGUGAAAAAAAUGUUCGAAUUGUACGGAGUUAAUCGAGAGGCUACGAUUUACCACUCGCCGACUGGGCGACGCAAGCAGGUGGACAUUCUGGAGACAUGUCUUCAGCUAUCGUCGCCAGAGUUGAUGAGGAAAUUGCCGAAUGGAGGGACUCUGCACCACCUCAAGGAGCGUAACAUGUCCCCGACGAAGGACUCGGACAGGGGCCCUUUGGGCGGGGAGAGGAGGAGCGGCUGCAGGAAGUGGCUGGUUACGUGUGGGGUUCUCCUCCUGGGGUGCGCUCUGAUCACUGCUGUGGGCCUCCCCAUAGCCCUGGAGUUGCGGAGUUCUCAUCUCCUGGAGGCGCGGCUUCAGGUCGUGCGGAGGAUCCUCUCGGAGACGCCUCUCAUCGACGGCCACAACGACUUCCUCUGGAAUCUGCGGCAGAAUCGGGGUCUGCACCUGGACAACUUCCCCUUCGACGAAGAUCUGUCCCAGAAUACGACACUGGGGCCGCUCUGGCAGACUGACCUCGCGAGGCUGCACCAGGGGAACAUUGGCGCCCAAUUCUGGUCGGCUUACGUUCCCUGUGAGGCGCAGUUCCUGGAUGCCGUGCAGCUGACACUCGAGCAAAUUGAUAUUGUCAGGAGACUGAGCGCAAAGUACCCGAAGAGAAUGAGAUUCGUCACUUCAAGUGAGGAGCUCAAACGGGCGCACAAGGAUGGGGUUCUUGCGAGCCUCUUUGGGAUCGAAGGGGGACACAGCAUUGGGGCUUCCAUGGCGGUUCUCAGGAGCUUUCAUCUGCUGGGGGCCAGAUACAUGACGCUAACUCAUAAAUGCAGUACUCCAUGGGCUGAUUCCUCAUCCGCAGAGGAUCCGAACGAGUACGCCCCAAUGGAUUUCCACAGUGACGGGCUGUCUGCCUUCGGCAAAUCAGUCGUAAAGGAGUUGAAUCGAUUAGGAAUGCUCAUUGAUUUGUCCCACGUUUCUACUCGCACUAUGAGGGACACCUUGGCCAUCACCAAGGCACCGGUUAUAUUUUCCCACAGUGCUGCUCGAGCACUCUGCAACUCUUCCAGCAAUGUUCCUGAUGACAUUCUCCGGAAUUUGUCAGUGAAUGGUGGUCUGGUAAUGAUCAGUUUUGACAGUGCGCAUCUGAGCUGCGGCGAUACGGCAUCUAUGUACGAUAUAAUAGCGCACAUAAAUCACAUAAGGAAGAACGCUGGGGUGAAUCACGUGGGCCUGGGCGCUGGGUACGACGGGAUUAUGAACCCCCCGACGGAGCUCCCCGACGUCUCGGGAUAUCCUCUCCUCCUGGCUGAGUUGACUCGCGAUCGCAGGUGGUCAUCCACGGACAUAAAGAAACUUGUCGGAGGGAAUCUCAUCAGGGUGAUGAAGGAAGUCGAGGAUCAUGCCGCAUCCCUCUCCAAUCAGUCACCCAAUGAGGAGUGGAUACCCCAAGAAGUCAUCGAGGAUACAUCCUACUGUCGAUACCACGACGAGUGAAAUUAUCAUCAUUCAUCAUAAUUAGCAUUCCAUUGCGCCAUUCAUAUCGUACAUUUAUAUGAAACAAAUUUCUAUUAUCAUGCAUCCCGUGCACAAUCUGUAUAUAUUCAAUGGUACAACUUGUGAAUAUCUUGUGAUAUCUUCGGUUCAUGUCGCGAUUUGUGGCUUUGGCUCCGGCUGAAGAAUUUAUUCAGCGGGAGUCAAGUAAAAUGUAAUAUGUUGGAUUCGACGUUUUGAUGAGGGAGCAUUGAGUUGCCAAAAGAAGGAAAGAUUUGGAAAAGAAAUGUCUUUUUUCGGGUUCAAAGGGAUGUCGAAUUAUUUCGAUUACAAUUUAUUCUAGUAGAAAAUGUCAAGAGAUAUUUUUCCUGGAGAGAAGUGCAUUCCCUAUAAUAAGGUCUCUCCAAUAUGUUCGGCUUUUAUUCAUAAAUUAUCUUUCAACUUUUUUUUUUCUAUAAAAA